UUGCUCGUAUUUAACUUGAGUUUACGAUCACGUGCGUUUCCUACGCUGCUCUGCAUCCGCAAUUUGUUUACCAACAGUAUUUUUUAUUCAUCAUCAGUUUGAAUUUUCCAUCUGAAUCCACUCCAGGCAUUUGCCUUUAAUUCAAAACUUCUACAAAAUGAACAAAUAUAUAGCAGUAUUAGCGAUGUCUAUUGUGAUUGUUAGCUCACAAAGGCCACCAUAUGCUGGUUCAAGUGAUCGUCUGCCAGCUGUACUCCCGCAGUAUUUACAAUCCAGCCAGAAUCUGAAUCAGGGCCAGGGACAGAGCACCAGCUCUUCAGUUGAUAACAGAAUAAACAUUCAACAAGCAAACAAUCCUUCAACAGCUAAGCCGCAAAUAUUAAAUCUACCGGUCGACGCUCACGGAGACAUUGAUCUAAUUAACAGGAUCCAAUCCUGGCCCAAAGAGUCUCAGCCUUUCUGGUACCUCAACUGGAAGCAAAUCGAAGAACAUCGCGGCGGAUCUAGUUCUAAUCCCAUCACCAAUCCCCCAUCUCCUUCUACUGUCAGAAAUAAUUAACCACAAAUAAUAAUAACUAUUUAUGUAUUAUGUUAUCGAAAGUACUUAAUUUUAAGUUGAUUUUUUUGUAAUUUAAAUAAAAAUACUUCUGCAAACCCA